AUGGGAACUUCCAGAUUUCCUUUUGCAGUCUCACUGAUGAUUCUGUUCAUCACCACUAACCUGUGGGCAACCAUCGCUUUUGAAGUCGUCAUCAACAAUAACACCACCUCAUUCGGUGUUGCAAUUGGUGAAGAACAAGAAGAAGAAGAGUUCUUGAUGGAAUCGGAAGUGAGUCGAAGGCUUCUAGCAGCCUCAGCGGUGAACCAUAUUACUUUCGACAGUCUCGAAAUGCCAGCAGUCUGUAAUGCAAAAAUUUAUGGCAACUGUAUUAAACCCAUCAGCGGGAACAAUCGCCCUUGUACUUACUACAAUCGUUGCAAGCGUGCAGGCAGCUAG